AUGCGCCCUUUGGCUUCUGCCACCCAGACAUCCUCCAGAAUCGUCUCCUCAUCCUGUGUGUCCUCAGUUGACGUUUCCUCGUCUCUCUCCAUGUCAGAAAAUUUCCAAAAUCCAUCUGUACUUGGAGCUUCAAAUUCUCUUCAGCUCUCUCUUCCUGUGGUGAACAAUGCAGUUUCCAUAAAAGGAAGUGUCUGCAACUUUUCCAGCACCCGUGCACCAGCUGUCAAUUCGGCAUGGCUACUGCCAUCAGCCUCUGGCACCUCUUUCCAGCCACUCAUAGGUAGUGCCUACCCUUACCCACAUUCUAGCACAGCUAUGUUGUCUGGGGUGACUGGCCUGAGCCAGAUCUCCACUUCAGCUGCCUCCUAUCCAGGUAUUCUUAAGUGGGAUACCAUAGGAAGCACUGAAAAGAAGUCAUCAUCACUUGAAGACUACACUGUGAUUGUCAUUGACCUAGACACAGCUGUUUCUGCCACGUCUAUGGCAGCCCAGUAUGAUAAAACUUCAGUUGCCAAUACUGUGGUCCCUGUGUAUCCAUCACUGUCUGCCAGCCUUGUUCAGGGGACACCAUCUCAGAUUCCAAAUCAGGGACAUUGCCUGUCACUUCCCUACCAGGAAGGAAGCCAGAUGUUUUACUAUAAUCAAGGCAAAUUGGGGCCUCUACUGUGUGGAGAGCUUGGCCCCUGCCUGCAGUCCUAUGGCUCUGUGUCAUACACGGGAAGCAGGGCCUCUGCCCCUCAACCAGAGAUAGUGAUGGUGCUGGAGGAGUUUCAGGCCACAAAUGUCCUAACACCAGUCUCCACGUCUGGAACCUACAACUCGGUGUCCGCUCAAUCCAUGGCAGAAAUACCUUUUCAAGUGAUGGAAUCUUCCUUUGGGAUGGAGACUUCCCUGGGAUUGCAACCUUCAAGCAAGGAACAAGCAGAGCAUAAGAAUUCGGAUGAGAUGAAAACCAAGGUUUCGAAGCCUCUGGAUGACGACCACAUCCCAAUAGAAAACCAAGAUCUUCCACUACUCCCUUUAGAAAUCCCUGACAUUCACCAGAUUCUGGCGUGCAUUGAUCCUCCUGGACAAAAGGAGCCUCCUGGUCCUGACAAUGCCAGUCUCGGAAAGAACAGCCUUAGUCUUGAGGACCAAGGGACACUUGAAAAUGGGAUUGAGCCCAGCAGUGGUUUUCAGAACACCCCUAAACUGGUGGAAGAUAUUCACCUUCCCCAGCUCUUGAAUUCCUUGAAAUAUCUUGACCAAUCCAACGAUCUCACAGCCAUCAAAGCCAAAGACACCAGAGCCAUCAAGAUGAAUCAGGUGCAGGACAAGACGAGUACCAUAACGGGUCCCUUCAAUCAGGUCAGGAAGAACAGGCGUAAAGCCUCUGAGCAUAUGAGUGGUGCUCCCAGAGCCAAAAGCCAGCCAAAGAACCCAGAGUGCCUGUUAGGGGAAGAAGUGGUUGUUUGCAGUGCUGCAGCCAGUGACAGGGCUCCUGUGAAUGCGGUCAAGUAUCCUAAGAGCGAACCUGAGAAUGGUGCCUCUAGCAGGGUGAGUAAAACUAAGAGCCACAGGCAGGAAAAAAACGAAAGAUCAAGAGAAAAUCAGUCCAGGAAAGCUGAAGAGAGUAAGCAGCCAGGGAACAAAGUCCAGGCAGAAGGGAAGCCAACUAUUCCCAGGAUGAAGCGGAAGAAAAAUCAACCUGACCUUAGCCAAGAGGUCUUCAAAAAGCCUCGAAGCAGCCUAGGCAUGCACAUGCUGGAGUCUGUGCAGGUUUUUCAUGCACUGGGGAGGAAGAAUGACAAGAAAGCUGGGCUCUCGACUGGGCUCUCUUCCUCUCGGGCCCUAGGAAACUCUAGCAACACCAGAGAACCCCAGCCAGCCCGAGCUAUCAAACGACAGCCGGAUACCCCAUGGAAGGGUAAAAGUCCUGAGAAAACUCAAGUCAAGGCCCAGAAACGAGAUGGCAUUGCUGAAGAGGAGUCUCCAUCUCCAUCCCAGUUUGAGCUGCCACCUCCUGGGAAGGUCAGGCUGAUACCUUUGCCUUUUCUGACCCUGGACAGGCCUCGACCUCGACCUGCUCCUCGGAGGCCACAGUCUCUGGCCUCACAUAGGCCUGCUAUGGCUUACUCUGCCCAGCCUGGUGCUACUAACUCAGCCAAUCCAUCCCAACCAGCUCCUGCCAAUGCAUCCUUGACAGGUCCUGCCAGGCCAGCUCAGCCAAUUCCAAUCAACACAACCCAACCAGGUUUGACCAACCCUAGGUCGCCCAGUGUCCCUCAGAUGGCUGCUUCUGGGCCCGCACCCGACAAAGCAUCAUCCUGCACUUCUCUGCAGCAGGGGCCCGUUUCCACUGCUGUGACCAAACUCCAGCCACCACCCAAGCCUCAAACCCAAUAUCCACUCCAAGACUUGCGCUACCAACGAAUUCCAUGGAGGAAUCCAAAUGUUCCUGAGCCAGAAAUGUCAACGCCCAUUACAAAAGAGCAGAGGCCAGAGCGCGAGGCCAUGAAGAAGCUGGCUGAGCACGAGCGUGAGAAUGCUGCCAAAUGUACAUCUUUGGGGAAAGUGCAGUAUUUCAUCGAGAGGGAAAAAGAGAUGGAAAUGGGUAGAUACUAU